AUGGAUGGAGCGGACAAUGUUGAAAUUCCAGAUGACAUCCUCAUAAAGGAGUGGGAUGAUCCCAUAGUUGCUAUUUGUAGAGAAAUUUACCUAGAAAUGAUGAGCAGAAUGAACUGUGACAUGCAAGUUGAAGAUCGGGCUAUUCUCGCACCCACAUUGGAGUUGGUUGAUGAAAUCAAUAGGUACAUGAAGAGUUUAAACCCAACCAAAGCACAAACAUAUUUCAGCAGUGAGAAAGCAUGCCCUAUGGAGAACAAUAAUGACAUAUUAGCUUCUGUCUAUACUCUUGAACUCCUAAACACAAUUAGGUGCUCUAGGGUGCCAAACCACGACUUAACACUUAAUGUAGGUACUCCCGUCAUGUUACUUCGAAACAUCGAUCACUCUGCAGGUUUGUACAAUGAAACCCGGAUGGUUCUCACAAAGCAUGGAAAACACAUAUUAGAAGCAAAAAGCAUCUCGGAAAAAAUGUAG